GAUGCCCAGAGCUUUCCUCGUGAAAAAAACUUGCAUUUCUGGCCGGAGGAACUGGAGCGAACUUCCCGAUGAAGAGCGAGGGGAGAUUUACGUUCCAGUCUCCCUGGGCGGAUACGCCCUCUGGAAAGACCCUGAGCCUUCGGUCGCCGAGCCGCCAUCGUUCUCGAUGCCGCUGGACAUGACGAUCCGCAACUCCGUCUACAUGGCGGCUCAGCCCCACGGUGCGGCUCACGUCUCCAGCGGGGUCCGGCAAGAGACCGAGUCUGACUUCUCGCACGCCAAGGUCAAGGUGACCCAGGGCGAAGGUCCUGUUGAGCAGUUUUCCUGUCCCUUUUGCCAGAAAGCUUUUUCCUAUCAGCGAAUGCUCAACCGUCACCUGAAGUGCCACAGUGAGAUCAAACGCCACCUCUGUCCCUAUUGCAACAAAGGGUUUAACGACACUUUUGACCUCAAGCGCCAUGUUCGGACACACACAGGUGUCCGCCCUUACAAGUGUGACCUCUGCGACAAAGCGUUCACCCAGCGCUGCUCUCUGGAAUCCCACCUCAAGAAGAUCCACGGGGUGCAGCAGAGUUAUGCCUACAAGGAACGCCGGGCCAAGCUCUACGUCUGCGAGGACUGCGGAUCCACCGCCGACAGCCAAGAAGGUCACCUCCGGCAUCUGCAGGAGCGGCACCCCGACAGCCCGUUGCUCCGCAAAGCCUCGCGCAAAGUGGCCACGGCCCUCCACGGCGUCAUCGGCGCUCCCACCUUCCUGCGGGAGGGUGGCCCUUGCCUCUAAGCAUCCCGGCACCUUUGGGGUGCCGAC